UUCAGUAAAUGCGAAGAUACAAUUCGUUUCAGUCACAGUAUCAGUUUCAUUUCAAAUUUCUAUAUUCUAUUUUGAUAUAGAGAAACGAGAAACAUCAUGAGCGAGUAUAAAGUACCAAAAGAAUCUUACAGAUUCUUCAAAUAUGCUAAACCAGAACCCGGCGAAGAAGUUGUUAUUUCUGGAUUCGCUGGUAGAUUUCCAGAAUCCAAUAAUGUAGAGAUAUUAAAAGAAAAUAUUUUCAAAUUCAAAGAUUGUAUCACGGAAGACGAUCGUCGUUGGAAACUAGAACAUCCGGAAAUUCCACGACGGAGUGGCAAAAUUGACAACAUUCAGAAAUUCGAUGCAUCAUUUUUUGGAAUUAAUUAUAAGCAAGCCCAUACAAUGGAUCCUAUGUGCAGAAUGUUCCUCGAACAUGCUUACGAAGCUAUCGUAGAUGCUGGAAUUAAUCCAGAAGAUAUGCAUGGAACAAGGACAGGUGUAUUCAUAGGUUCAUGUUUCUCCGAAACCGAGAAAAUUUGGUCCUACGACAAACUCGAUAUACAUGGUUAUGGUAUCACGGGCUGCAACAGAGGUAUAUUGGCUAACAAAAUUUCAUAUUGGUUGGGUGUAACCGGACCAUCGUAUACCGUCGACACAGCGUGCAGUUCAAGUCUUUACGCGAUGGAACACGCUUAUAAGGCUAUACGUAUCGGACAAUGCGAUUACGCGAUAGUCGGUGGAUCAAAUCUUUGCCUUCAUCCAUACAUAACUCUGCAAUUUAGCCGUUUAGGGGUCCUGUCUCAGGAUGGUCGUUGCAAAUGUUUUGAUGCUGAUGCAUCUGGUUACACGCGUAGUGAAUCAGUCGCUAUAGCAUUUUUGCAAAAAGCAAAAAAUGCCAAGAGAAUCUAUGGCACGGUAUUUCAUGCGAAAACAAAUUGCGAUGGUUAUAAAAAAGAGGGAAUAACGUUUCCUUCUAGCGAAAUGCAGAGUGCUCUUCUUAAAGAAUUUUAUGAAGAAUGCGAUAUACCAACGAAUUCUAUUAAUUACAUCGAAGCUCAUGGUACCGGAACGAAAGUCGGUGAUCCUGAAGAAUUGAAUGCCAUAGAUCGGGUCUUCACUAAAGGUAGAACUAAUCCUCUUAAAAUUGGUUCCAUUAAAGGAAAUUUAGGUCAUACCGAACCAGCCAGUGGAGUUUGUUCUAUUGCUAAGGCAAUAAUAUCAAUGGAGUCUGGUCUAAUACCGCCAAAUAUUAAUUUUAAUCAGCCACGCAAAGACGUAAAAUGUUUUACAGAAGGGCGAAUUAAGGUCGUUACCGAGGUAACUCCGUUAGAUGGCCAAUACAUAGGCAUUAAUUCUUUCGGCUUUGGCGGUGCUAAUGCUCACGUUUUACUCCAAUCAAACCCGAAAACAAAGAUCAAUAAAGGUUUACCAAAUGAUGAUUUGCCCAGGCUCGUGGCUGUUUCUGGACGUACCGAAGAAGCAGUAGUAACCAUAUUAAAUGAUAUCGAUAAUCGACCGGUAGACGUUGAAUUUAUACGUCUUUUUCAUGAUAUUCAUCUUAAAGAAAUAUCAGGUCAUUUAUAUCGAGGAUAUACGAUAACAGGCGUUAGAAAAUCUGAUAAGAAAAUAAGGGAGAUUGAAAAUUAUUCUAAUAUCAAAAAGCCAAUAUGGUUUGUCUUUUCUGGAUUGGGAUCGCAGUGGCCUGGAAUGGGACAAGCUCUAAUGAGAUUUCCUAUAUUUGCCAAAGCAAUAGAGAAAUGCGACGUUGUUUUAAAACCGCGUAAGCUCAAUAUUUAUGAGAUUUUAACUAAAAAAGACAAUAGUAUGUUCGACAAUAUCUUGCACUCGUUCGUCGGAAUUGCUGCGAUUCAGAUUGGUUUGGUAAAUCUUUUAACUUCUGUGGGCGUAAUACCGGACUACAUAAUCGGACAUUCCUUUGGUGAACUUGGUUGUGCAUACGCAGAUGGAUGUUUUACUACGGAGGAAAUGAUAUUGGCAGCGUAUUCACGAGGAUUGAUACAAACCAAAGUAUCUCAUAAUUCUAUGGCCACAAUAGAACUUGGUUAUGAAGAUAUCAAAGAUUUGUGUCCUCCUGAUAUCAACGUCAAAUGUUACAAGGGACCUGAAAGUUCAAUUAUUAGCGGACCGGCAGAAUCUAUCAAAGCAUUUGUUGAAAAACUUCAGGCAAACAAAAUUUUUGCUAAAGAGAUAUCGUGCUAUAAUAUACCUUGUAAUAGCCGUUAUAUCGCAGCAGCUGGAUCGAAACUUUUGGCAUAUUUGAAAGAAGUGAUACCAGUGGCUAGGCCUCGAAGUCAAAAAUGGCUUAGUACAUCGGUACCAUACAAUGAAUGGUCGACAUCAGCCGCACAAUUCUCGUCGGCCGAGUAUCAUACAAAUAAUUUGCUGAAACCUGUACUUUUUGAGGAAAUCUUAACCCUUGUCCAUGACAAUGCUAUUAUCAUUGAAAUUGCACCGCAUGGUUUAUUACAAGCGAUUUUAAGAAAAUCAUUGCAACCAACAGUAACGAAUAUUACAUUAAUUCAACGAGAUCAUAAAGAGAACGUGGAAGUUUUUUUGCAAGGAUUAGGAAAGCUCUAUAAUGCUGGUUUACAACUUGAUCUUGCUAAAUUAUAUCCACCCGUAGAAUAUCCGGUUAGUCGAGGUACUCCAAUGAUAUCUCCGCUCAUUAGAUGGGAACAUUCGGAUGAUUGGUUCGUAGCAUAUUACAAAACGCAAGAGAGAAUUAUUUCCGGAGAACGAAUGGUUGAAAUAUCAAUCAUCGAUGAAGAUUUCGAGUACAUAAGCGGACACGUAAUCGAUGACAGAAAUUUGUUUCCCGCAACAGGAUAUUUAUAUCUGGUUUGGGAAACUUUAGGUAUGAUGAUAGGAAAAUUGUACAUGGAUGUAUCCGUUGUCAUUAAAAAUGUAAAGUUUAAUCGAGCUACCACCAUUCCCAAAGAAGGCAAAGUUGAAAUGACUGUCAUGAUUCAAAAAGGAACCGGUAAUUUCGAAGUGAUCGAAGGGGGUGCAGCUAUUGUUACCGGGGCAAUUCACGUUGCAACAAACUUAUCGAAAGAGAAAAUAUUGCUUGAUAUGAUCAACAAAAAUUUUAACAACGAGGAAGAAGUAUUAGACGCGAAAGAUAUCUAUAAGGAGUUGAAGCUACGUGGUUAUCAAUAUAGUGGUUACUUCCGAAGUUUGCGGAGUUCCUCAGUUUCGGGAAAUAAAGGACAUAUCGAAUGGAAAAAGAAUUGGGUAGCGUUCCUGGAUAACAUAUUACAGAUGAAAAUUAUCAAUUUAGAUACUAGAGGUUUAUUUGUACCUACUGGAAUUAGAAAAGUGGUAAUAGAUAUUAAAGCUCAUCAACAAUAUCUUCAAAGUUUGCCCACUAAUGAACAAUAUAUACCUGUACGAUUAUAUGAGGAUCUUGAUAUAGUUGUAGCCGGGGGUGUAGUAAUGUAUGGUAUUAAAGCUAGUGCGAUUACUCGAAGAAGACCUAUCUGUGAUCCAAUUAUCGAAGAACACAAAUUCAUUGCUCAUCGCGAUAAAAAGGAAGUGUCAUUACGUGAAAUAUUAACGUUAUCUAUGCACAUUACUCUUGAGAAUAUACCAAUCAUUAAGGUGAAAACAGUAGAACUCAUUGAGUAUAAUGACGAUAUAUCAGCAGAGAAGCUCGUUUCUCCGAUUUUAUUAAAUAUUUUAAGCAAGUUGCCUUUGAUUCAAGCAAACGUUAACGUAUUUGCACCAACAAACAAAUUCGACGAGGAAAAUAUUCCUAAAGAUAUUACAGUUUCAGAAUCGAAAAGGAUACAUGUAGAUGAUACCGCGUUAUUAGCAGUUGGAUGUGGUUUGUUAAGUAAAGAAAAUAAGGAUAAUUUAAAACUACUUUUAAAGUCUACAAUAGAUGGAGCUUUCAUUUUAUCGCGUGAAAAAACUAAUACGCCAUUGGAUUUAUCAAUUUUAGAAAGAUUGAAAUUAAAUAUAGUUUUGGAGAAACGUACCUCCGAGGAAUCCUGGGUAUUAUUAAGGAAGAUAAAGAAAAUUUCAAAAAAUACUUCGUUUAUUAAUGUCAACAGCAAUAAAUUUAAUUGGUUGCAACAAGUCCAAACAAUACUUGCCAAUGAAACAGAAUUGAAUAUCAGUAAGACAAGAGUAAUACUUGUUGAGGAAGGAAACAUUGAGUCUGGUCUCUUAGGAUUCAUUAAUUGUUUACAAAAAGAACCUGGCGGUGAUAUCUUCCGUGCUGUUUUAAUUCAAGAUCUCAAAGCCCCGAAAUUUUCUUUAGAAUUACCCCUUUAUUCCGAACAACUCGAAAUGGAUCUUACUAUUAAUGUUUUACGACCAGGGAACAUUUGGGGAUCAUAUAGGCAUCAAUUACUUCCACCUUCCAAUCUCAAGCCUUGCCAUCAUGCCUUAAUUACACAAUCGUUACGUGGAGAUUUAAGUUCGUUACAUUGGGUUGAAGGGCCAGUUAUGAAGAACAAUGAAAAUACAAAUCUUAUUCAUAUUCAUUAUGCAUCGUUAAAUUUUAAAGAUAUUAUGCUGGCAACAAAUAAAAUAGUACUAGAAGCAAUAAUAAAUGACAGAAAAGAAUUAGAUUAUGCACUUGGAUUUGAAUAUAGCGGAAUUAAUAUCGAUGGCCAACGUAUUAUGGGAAUUUCUGUAAACAAAUGUCUAUCAAAUUUUAUUCACAUAAACAAAUUUUUUACGUGGAACGUACCUGAAAGUUGGAGUUUAGAGGAUGCAGCAACGGUACCAUGUGUAUAUUGUACAAGUAUCAUUGCCCUUUAUAUAAAUGGGAAAAUGAAGAAGGGCGACAAAGUACUUAUUCAUGCUGGUACUGGUGGUAUUGGCCAAGCAGCGAUUAACUUGGCCCUUCACGAAGGUUGUGAAGUAUUUACUACUGUCGGUACACCAGAAAAACGUAAAUUUAUUAAAGAGACAUUUCCCAGUAUCGAUGAUAAUCAUAUCGGAAAUUCUCGUGAUACUAGCUUCGAACAAAUGAUUUUGAAAGAAACCAAUGGUAUAGGUGUAGAUAUAGUUUUAAAUUCUUUGUCGGAAGAAAAACUUUUAGCAUCUCUGCGUUGUUUGACCUACGAGGGACGAUUUUUAGAAAUUGGAAAGUUCGACAUAAUUGCAAAUAAUACAUUAAAUAUAGAAUUCUUUAAGAAGGGAAUCAGUUUUCAUGCCAUUAUGUUAGAUAAAAUUAUAAAUAUACACACCGAAGUUUCAAUUGAAGUCAAUUCGAUAUUAAACAGACUUAUUAAAGAGAAUGGUGUCAAACCAAUUGUUAGAACUGUCUUUGGCAAAGAUCAAAUAGAGACAGCAUUUAGAUUUAUGGCCGCUGGAAAACAUAUUGGAAAAGUACUCAUAAAGAUUCGCGAAGAGAAUGAAUCAUUAAAUACACCAAUCUUGGCUGAGCCCACUUACAUAUGUUUUCCGAAUAAAAGUUAUAUAGUUCUUGGUGGCUUGGGAGGUUUUGGUUUAGAAUUAAUCGAUUGGUUGGUUCUUCGAAAUGCUCAAAAUAUUGUUAUUACUUCGCGAAACGGCAUAAAGAAUGGCUAUCAACGCAUGAGAAUUAAAAUAUGGGAAUCAUAUGGAGUAAAUAUUAAAAUCCUUGUCGGUCUCAAUACGGCUAAACGAAAAGAUUGCGAGCUUGUAGUGAAAACAGCGAUAGAUAAAGGUCCCGUCGAUGGUAUAUUCAAUCUUGCGGUUUCUUUGAAAGACGGUAUUUGUAGAAAUCAAACGCCAAAAACUUUUGAAGAAUCUUUCAAAGGAAAAGCUUGGACCACGAAAUGUUUGGAUGAGGUAACUAGAAAACUUUGUCCAGAUCUUCGACACUUCGUAGUCUUCUCUUCUGUUUCGUGCGGAAGAGGAAAUGCUGGUCAAACGAAUUACGGUAUGGCUAAUUCCGUUAUGGAAAGAAUAUGCGAAAAAAGAGUAGAAGAAGGUUUACCUGGAUUAGCUAUCCAAUGGGGAGCAAUUGGAGACGUCGGUCUUGUUGCGGACAUGCAGAAUAACGAUAAGGAACUUAUUAUCGGUGGUACUCUACAGCAAAAAAUAACAUCAUGUUUACAAGAACUCAAUAGAUUUUUGCUACAGGAUAAACCUAUAGUUGCUAGUAUGGUAGUCGCUGAAAAGCAAACAAGUAUCAAUGGUGUAGAUAAUGUUGUAGGGACUGUCUUAAAUAUUAUGGGCAUUAAAGAUUUGAAGACUGUCAGUCAUCACACUUCCUUGGCUGAACUUGGAAUGGAUUCAAUGAUGGCUGUAGAAAUAAAACAGACAUUAGAACGUGAAUACGAAAUAUAUCUUACCGCGCAAGAUAUUCGAAGCUUAAAUUUCGCUAAACUCAUGGAAAUGAAUAAUAAAGAAACAGAAAAUAAAAAUCGUAAUGAAACUGCUACAAAAGAAAUAUUAGCUGGUACAAAGAUAUUGAUGCAAUUGUUCGGUGAAAAACUUUCCUCCGAAAUAAUUAUCCAGCUUAAAACUAAUCCAGAGGAAGGUCGAAAAGAGAUAUUUUUCGUCCCAGGAAUCGAAGGCUAUAGUAGUAUUUUCAAAACAUUAGAAUCGAAAAUUAAAUCGCCUGCAAGUUGUUUCCAACUGGCUACAAAUUAUGAAUUGAAAACUGUAGAGGAAAUGGCCGAUUUACUUUUACCGCAUUUAUUAGAAAAACUUAAAGAUCGAACUGAUUUCACGUUAGUGGGAUAUUCAUUCGGAUCGCUUAUAACUAUUGAACUCACACGAAAAUUAGAAGUUAUAGGAUUUAAUGGCCAGCUAAUUUUGAUAGAUGGUGCCCCUCAGCAAAUGAAAACACUUAUAAAUCAACAUAUGUAUUCGUCAUCCGAGGAAGAAUUGGAAAGCAACAUUCUGCUUGGCAUCAUGGACGCAUUUACACCUACUAACAGUGAACAGCUUGUACUUGAAUUAGGAAAAUGUAAGACGUGGGAUGAGAAAAUAAAUGCAUUCUUUAAUGCCAUAUCUCCUGAGCACAAGCAAAUGUAUUUGGAAUUGGAUCAAAGAAGCGCUAUUUUCUCAUUUUAUACGAGAUUGAAAGCAGUCAUAAAAUAUAAUCCGGAACCAAUGCCAUAUAUAAGAGCACCAAUAACAUUAUUUAAACCAAUGUUGUCGUCUGUACAAUACGCACAAUACGAUUAUGGAUUACAACAUAUAACUGAAAGCAAAGUGAAAGUACAUGUUGUUGAUGGCAAUCAUGUCACAAUGUUAGAACAUAUGAAAAUUGCAAUGGUAAUUAAUGAUGAACUAUUUGAGGAUAGUCAAGAAUUGAAAGAAAAUCUAAUGAAAGAAAACUAAUAAAAAUAAAAUUAAUACAAGUAAUAUAUGUAUAUUUACGUAUUAUAAGAUUUAGUUUUAAAUCCAUUAGUAUCAUUUUGCUAUUUAUAAAGUAGGGUUGCCAUAUAUCCGGGAAAAUUUGGAGGAGAUUUCGAAUGCGAAAAAGAUUUUUUUUUUAUUUAAAUAUACUGCAUAAAUGUUGUCUAUGAUGUCCUGUAUAUUAUCAUCGAUAGAUACAUUUACAAAUAUAUUAUUUAAUUUUACUUGUAUCUUUUAAUAUCGUAUUCCCUGAAUGAAUAUAACAUAUAUAGCAUAUAUUAUAUUUUAGUUAUGUAAUAUGAAGCAAAAUAUUUGAA